GCUAUCAUGGUAGAGCUCUAAAGCAAGGUCCAGAAACUUCCAUUCCUGCGGUCUUAUCCAACACUCCUUACUGAACUCAUCUCACGACACCACUUGUAAGGCGGUGACUGAUACGUAUCAAAUUCUACAACAUGCCGGUCGAUUAUAGUAAAUGGGUAAGUUUUGGAACAUGUUUGCUCGAUCCCGUCCCUGACAGCCUUGGUAGGACGCACUGGAACUCAGUGACGACUCGGACAUUGAAGUGCAUCCUAAUGUCGACAAGCGAUCGUUUAUCCGCGCGAAGCAGAAUCAGAUUCACCAGGAGAGACAGCACCGAAAGUUACAAAUCGAGACCUACAAGUAUGAGCGUGUGGUCAACGAUGGUUUGCUGAAGCGAAUUUCUGGGCUUCUGGCAUCGCUGCGAGCCCAUGCCUCCGAGGCUGCCACCAGAAACCCAGCAGAAGUUGCCUUUCAAGCCGUGAUGGAAUCAGCUGGAGAUCCGAGAGAUGACAAGCCGCCUUCACCACCCGAGGGUGUUCAUACCCAGGAGAAGGAACAACCGUCAUACACUAAGAUGAUGGCAACGCUCCUAGACCAAGUCAAUAAGGCUUUGGAUGAGAAGAAACCGGAAAACAGAUACGAAGCUAUGAUUUCUGAGAUCCAGUCACACGAGGACAAGGUAAUGGACCUGCAGAAACAGCUAGUAGCUAAGUUGGAAGAGUUGCAGAAGGAGGAAGGCCGAAAGAUUACAAGUGAGGGCAUUCACACAGGUUUUGAUAGCUCGCAUGUCGCCAAGUCAAAGCCAGAAGAGAAGAAGGACUCUACACAGGUAGAGCUCCUGAACCCUAGUUUCGCUGAAACCUCCUCAAGCUCGGCAUCCGGAAACCAAGACGUCAAGGUGGACGAUGACAGCGAUAUCGAAUCUUCACCGGCUGGAAAGAAAUUUGGCACCAUUAGGGCAAAUGACUAUGCGGCUAGUCUCCAGUUCCUGUCGCAGAAUCCUCAGUUGUUGGUUGAGAGGGAGACAGAUGGCCUUCUGGUUCAGGCUUUCGAUGCUGCUCUAGAGAACAAGGAUGAGUUGUCGCGACAAUUAGUGCACCAGGCCCUACUUCUACAAUACUGCAGAGCUCUUGGUAAGGAUGGUGUGGGGCUUUUCUUCAAACGCAUCACAACCAAGGGGCACCAGGCACAGGACGUAUUCUAUAAGGAUGUGCAAGACACAUAUAUGAAGAUUCGAACACGUUCAAGGGAGAUUUUAGCCGAGCGAGCCAAAGAAGGGCAAGCCGAAGGUGUCGAGCAAAUUCAGCUGCAUGCCGUGGAGCCUGGUACGGUCAUCAACAUCAAGGUUCCUCCAGCAGACAGCGAGGACCCCGAAGAGCAGGAAGCGCGGAAGAUCUUCGAAAGUUUCAAGCCUGAGAUGCGCAAGGCCUUGGAGACGGGCAACUUGGACGAAGUGAACAAGGUGCUGGGUGAAAUGAAGAUUGACGAGGCUGAGGAACUCGUGGGUCUCUUUGGCGAGGCCAACAUUUUGAGCCUGGAGGAAGAAAUCAUUGACGCUACAACGGAGGAAGGGAAGCAGCAGCUGAAAGAGAUUGAAGCCGCGGCUUCUGUGGACAAGAAAGAAGAAUACGGUGAUCCUGAGUAAGCAAGAGUACGCAAGGACAAGAACUUGCUCGGUGAUAGGUAUCUGCAGUCUUGCAAUGGGGCCCCACAAUGUUCAAUGGCCACGAGUAAGAAAAAUGUUACCGAACAUGCAUCGAGGGGUUAUUGAAGUCUAUCUUAUUAGCUAAGUGAAAGAAACGCGAUUAAUCGCCACGACCGUAUACCUACGUAUAGACCAACCAUCAUGCCAUCGUGUUUGGUACGAUGAAAAGUGAGGUUCGUCAUGCUUGGUCAACAUUUUGAGCCGCCACGUCGAUGUAGGUCACCACCCACGGAAGCUAAUGGCAUGAAACAGAUAAAAAUAGAUUAUGCCCCUCGAAAACGUUGUCUGCUCAGCCUCCCAGCCGCCACCACCACCUCCUUCACGAGGAAUGGCUGGUUAUCGUUGUAUGCAUAGGAAACUGAGGUUAGAUGUGAUUUUGUAGUUGAAUGGUGUCACGAUAUUCUGAGCAUACCUGAGAAAAUUCAGUUCGUUGAGCCAAAAAGGGGUUAAUAUUAGAUACGAGAGGCAAUUGAGUACCACACGUUUAGACAAACGAGAUCCAAUCUCGCUGGCGGCGAGG